AUGUGUCACAUUUGCUGUUAUUUUCAGCCCAAAUGCAAGAUUUCAGCCUCACGCAAGCUAUCACUGAAGAUCCUUCUUCUGGCUCGUGCAACAGAAGAGCUGGAGGCGGAGAAGGCGGCUAUUGAAGAAGACAAGGUCCGUCACCUGGGAGAGAAGCUUCCACCGCUGCAGCUCAGCGGUUUAACCUUGGAGGACCUGCAGGCACUCUGCAAGCAGAUGCAUGAAAAGAUUGAUGUGGUGGAUGAGGAACGGUACGACUUUGAGGCCAAAGUCUUCAAGAACUACAGAGACAUCAGUGAGUUGAAGCUAAAGGUGCAGGACCUUGGAGGGAAGUUUAAGAAACCGGCACUGAGAAAGGUGAGAGUAUCAGCAGAUGAGAUGAUGGAAGCUUUGUUUGGAUCCAAGAAUAAGGCCUCUUCCAUGGACCUGAGGGCCAACCUCAAGUGUGUAAAGAAAGAGGACAUCAAACAAGAGAAGGAGCUGAACAUGGAGGUGGGUGACUGGCGUAAGAACGUGGAGGCCAUGUCUGGUAUGGAAGGCAGGAAGAAGAUGUUUGAUGCAUAAUGCUACAGAGUAAGAUGUUACAAAAAACUGAAGGGGAAAAUGAAAAACCUCAAAACUUAACAUAAGAGGUUAACCAUAAGGA